UGUCUGCUGGCCCGGUGACAGAGUCUGACGGACUGCUCUGUUUCCAGACAAGGAACUGCUAUUCCUGGAUGAGCAGGGGGGCCUCUGGAAGCACCCACACAGUAAGGUUUGGACUCAUCCAUCCUGGCACUUUUUACGUGCUUCAAUAACGAGAUCUAUCAGGGCUUGAGUGGGCAUGGUAAAAGCCAGUGAUGUGGGAGAAGGGUUGAGAAUUUCCUCGAAGGACGUGAGAAAAGCUUUGCAGCAGGAGCCCAGAUCUUCGUGCUGGAGGAGGCAACUCCCUAGAGACAGGUUCUUGGCCUUGGCUGGCACAGGGGUGCACGGGGACUGGCAGCAUCAAAUGACCAGGUGGAUGUGCUCCCAUGAGUGCUCCUUCCAACCUGCCCAGUUCCUACUGCUGGUGGGGGUCCCGGUGGCGAGUGCCCUCCUUCUGGUCCAGUGCCUCCGAUGGCACUGUCCUCGCUGGCUGCUGGGGGCCUUUUGGAAGCUGGAUAACCAAGAGGAGCCAGUGUCCCAUCCCACUCCUCUACCAGAAAAUGAGUCCCCAAGGCAGUGCCCGCCAGCCACACUGCCGGAGAUGGCUGCCUUCUACCAGGAACUGCAUACACCCACUCAAGGCCAGACCGUCGUCCGUCAGCUGAUGCACAAGCUGUUGGUGUUUUCGGCUCGAGAGGUGGAUCACCGCGGUGGCUGCCUGAUGCUCCGGGAUAUGGGCAUCUCUCUGCUCAUCCCGCCAGGUGCUGUGGCUGUGGGCCGCCAGGAGCGGGUAUCGCUGAUCCUGGUGUGGGACUUGUUGGAUGCCCCGUCGUUGUCCCGAGCCCAGGGGCUGGUGAGCCCUGUGGUGGCAUGUGGCCCCCACGGGGCCUCCUUCCUGCAGCCCUGCACCCUCACGUUCAAGCACUGUGCCCAGCAGCCCUGCCAUGCACGCACCUACAGCAGCAACACGACCCUGCUCGAUGCCAAGGUCUGGAGGCCCCUAGGGCGGCCAGGGGCCCACACGUCCAGGGACGAGUGUCGCAUCCGCCUCUCUCACUUCAGCCUCUACACCUGUGUGCUGGAGGCGCCCGCGGGCCGGGAAGCCCGCAAAUGGCUGCAGCUGGCUGUGUUCUGCUCGCCGUUGGUGCCGGGACAGUCCCACCUGCAGCUGCGCAUCUAUUUUCUCAACAACACGCCCUGCGCCCUGCAGUGGGCCAUGGCCAACGAGCAGCCCCACGGUGGUCGCCUGCGCGGGCCCUGCCAGCUCUUCGACUUCACGGGGGCCCGAGGGGACCAGUGCCUGAAGCUCAAGUACAUCUCUGAGGGUUGGGAGAAUGUGGAUGAGAGCAGUUGCCAGCUGGUUCCCCAUCUCCACAUCUGGCAUGGAAAGUGCCCCUUCCGUUCCUUCUGCUUCCGGAGGAAAGCAGCCAAUGAGAAUGAGGACUGCUCAGCGCUUACCAAUGAGAUCAUCGUCACUAUGCAUACCUUCCAGGACGGCAUGGAGACCAAGUACAUGGAAAUCCUCAGAUUCCAGGCAUCAGAGGAAGAAUCCUGGGCGGUGCCACCCCCUGUCUCUCAGCCACCCCCAUGCAACAGGCUGCCUCCAGAGCUCUUUGAGCAGCUGCAAAUGUUGUUGGAGCCAAACAGCAUCACGGGCAAUGACUGGCGUCGACUGGCCUCCCACUUGGGGCUCUGCGGCAUGAAAAUCCGGUUCCUGUCCUGCCAGCGCAGCCCAGCCGCAGCCAUCCUGGAGCUGUUUGAGGAGCAGAACGGCAGCCUGCAGGAACUGCACUACCUCAUGACCGUCAUGGAGCGGCUGGACUGCGCCUCGGCCAUCCAGAACUACCUGAGCGGGACGCACGGCGGCGGGGGCGCCCAGGAGAACCAGGGCUUGGAACUGGACGAGAAGCUCUGAGCGCCCCCAGGGGGCAGGGUGGGGACCUCCUCGCAGCACUCUGGGCACCUGGGGGCCCCCGACACCGAGGGAGAGCGCGGCAGCUGCUUCUGGCCGCGCCCACCGACCUCAUCAGAACCCUCAGACGGUGGCUGUGGCCACCGUGAGACCAGGGGGCGGCGGGAUGGGGGGACACUGUCAGCUUCCCUGGCGCGAUCCUAGAGACCAGCUUCGUGCUGCGAACGGGUCCCAUCCUGGUCGGCAGGGGGCGCAGGAGCCCAGGAGAUGGCCCUGGCAUGGCCAGCCUCCAGGAAGCUGCUGCAUAGACCCAGUGGACUGUUAGGCUGCCCUGUCGGCACUCCUUGGGGACUGGUCAGUUCACAAGGAUUCGCUGCGCACUUAGUGAUACUUCGCAUCGGACUGGGUAUCACGGGGGAAUCCUGGCAUGGAGGAAAUGGGGCUUGGAGCUUGACAAACCCGCAGUUCUCUUGUGGGAGUCAAUAUGCCCUCAUGGAUGAGGGGCUAUUUCCAAAACAGCAGUGCCCUGGGGUUAGGGGAUGUGAGCGUGCUUUAGGAGCUGAGACGGGAGGCAGCCGGGCGUGGGCUGGAGCAGGAGAAGGCUUCAUGGAGGAUGCUGGAGAAAGGGUUGGGAUGAGCAUAGAGUGGUUCAGCAGUCUUUGAGUGGGGAUAGAGGGUGAUGGUGGCUGGACUUAGAGUAGGAGCCAAGAGUGAGCAUGGGUGUGCGGGGAGGGUUCAAGGUCAGUCAUGCCCGGCUGUCCACCUGUCUCCUUUGUCUUCCUUUGUCUCUCUCUCUUCCCACCCUUGCCUUGUCUUCCUUUCUUUCUGCCAUUAUCUCUGUCAUAAAACAUCAAUGCUGACAAGAAACUACAAGAUUAACAUUCGUGCCCAACCUUUUUACCUCUUUAUCUGGAACUGUGUGAGUUUUCAGUGUCUCUGGUUCCAUUUUGCUGUCACCAUUUUCUGCAGUCUCUGCAUCCCUGAAUCUGUGUGUUAGUCUCUGUCUUAGCAUCUCUUUGCCUCUACCGAGUCACUGGGCCUGCCUUUGAGGGUUUUCUUCACCCUCGGAAACCCUCAGUCAUUCCCCUCAGGCAAGUGUCUCUGGGCCAAUGUCAUGUAUCAAAGGCAAUGAAAGGACACUGGGCUACCCUAGGAAUGGGGGUGGGGGUGUGGAUUUUACCCUGUGAAUCAAGAUCCAAUUUAGGGUCAGGAAAUAAACAAUAGGGAUUAAAGAACACGCCAUUCAGUCAACAAAUAUUUAUUCCGUGCCUACGAUGUGUUAGACACUGUACAGAAAAGAGAUCAGUGGGCUGGGUCCUGAAAAGAGAACAAAGGAUUUGCCUCCAUUCUAGUAAUGUUUUUGUUUGCAAACAGGUAUUGUUAAAUUUUUUUUUUUAAGGGCAGGCAAGCAAUCUCUUUACUAGCAAUUUGCUUUUGUAUUUAAUGAAAAGAUAUCAAAGCUUUUUCUAUGAUAAACAAUAUUGUAUAAUAAUAAAAUACGAAAAUUUCA